AUGUUUGUGGAAGACUUAAACGAAUACAUUAAAAAUGAACAACUUACAACUGAACAAAUUUAUAAUGUAGACGAAACCGGUCUAUUUUGGAAGUGUUUGCCCCAAAAUUCGUUGGCGAGUGGUGAUGAAUAUUCUAUUGAGGGGUACAAAGAGUCCAAGGAAAGAAUCACAGCUUUACUUUGUGCAAAUGCAGCUGGGACUCACAAGUUUUAUAAGUCUAAUAAGAGAGCUUGGGUAACACAAGAGCUAUUUCUGGAGUGGUUUAACAACAAUUUUGUACCAGAGGUAAGAGAACAUUUACAACGCAUUGGUCUCGAAAAGAAUUGCAAAGUUCUUUUGCUAUUAGACAACUGUCCAGCACACCCGGAUGUAAAUGCAAUGAUAUCUGAUAAUGUUACAGUAAAAUAUCUACCACCGAAUUGUACAUCUUUGAUUCAGCCUAUGGAUCAAGGAGCCAUUCGGAGUUUCAAAUGCCAGUACCGUAAAUUUAUCGUGCAAAAACUUGUGGAUUCUAAUAGUCGACACGAAUUCGUUAAAUCUUUGAACAUUAAGUCAGCUUUAUGGACAGCAGCGACUUCGUGGGAUUCUGUAACCCCACGUGUUUUAAAUAAAGUUUGGAAUAACUUACUAUCUCAAGAUGAUGAAAAUGAUUCAACUUUUAGUAUUGAGAUACAAUCAGAUGUAUUAAUACCACCUGGUUUUACAGCUGAUGCUAUCUCAAAGUGGAUGGAGUGCGAUAUUGAUGUCGCACCGUUUGCUAUUGUAUCUGAUGAUGAAAUCGUUAACAUGGUCAAUCAAACAGAAGAAUAUGAGCUUGAGUCAAAUUCAGAGGAAUCAGAUGGAGGUAAUACGUUGCAUGGAAUCUUGCAGCCACAACGCCAGCGCGGCAGUACGACAGCGCAGGAGCGAGUAACGAGGCUGACAACAUGGAAGGCUGAUAUAGCUAAACGAUGGUCACCACCAACAUCACCUUCGCCGGCAGCAGCUUCAGUACCAAUACCAACAACUGAUCAAGCGUUGCAACAGGUUAUUACAACAUUUGUCUUCAAGCUGAAAGAAAUGUUGUAUCCCGAAAUGCUAAACUGA